GCAGCAUCUCCGGAGCCAGCACAGCCAGGCUCUCGAAGACAUAGGACGUCAUGAUCAAAGCGAUACUAGUGUUCAACAACCAUGGCAAGCCGAGACUGUCCAAGUUCUAUCAGUAUUUUAAUGAAGACAUGCAGCAGCAGAUCAUAAAGGAAACAUUCCAGCUCGUAUCGAAACGGGACGACAAUGUGUGCAAUUUUCUCGAAGGUGGAAGCCUGAUUGGUGGUUCCGACUACAAACUCAUCUACCGACACUAUGCGACAUUGUACUUUGUGUUUUGCGUCGAUUCGUCCGAAAGCGAGCUGGGCAUUCUCGAUCUGAUACAGGUGUUUGUGGAAACGUUGGACAAAUGUUUCGAAAAUGUGUGCGAGCUUGAUCUGAUCUUCCACGCCGAUGCCGUACAUCACAUCCUUUCCGAGCUGGUGAUGGGUGGGAUGGUGCUGCAGACGAACAUGUCCGACAUUCUGGCCCGCAUCGAGGAACAGAACAAGCUGCAGAAACAAGAGGCCGGCAUAUCGGCUGCCCCGGCCCGAGCCGUCAGUGCGGUGAAAAGCAUGAACCUGCCGCAGCAAAUCAAGGAUAUCAAGCUGCCCGAUUUGCCCCAAGCGAUCAAAGAUCUGAAGUUCUGACCAAACCACAA